AUGUCUUCCGCCGCAGCGGUCGACUCCGCUCCGGGACAGUCCUCCUCCCAACAAGAACCAAUAUGUUAUAACUGCGGCACUCGGGGCCAUUGGGUUGUCGCUUGUCCAGAGCCUACUAGGGAUGUGCCUGCUCCUUCCAGCGGGCUUCAACGAUGGCAGUCUCAGCACCAGGAAGGUCAUUCGUCGGAUCGCAACGCUGCCUCCCAUGAUAAAAAGGGGCCCGUUGUCACUCGGUAUCCGUUGCCUCCUAGCCAAGGCCCUACCAUCACAAGAUACGGUCCUCCGCAACCACCGGCGUAUCCCCCUGGUGCACCACCGCCGCCGUCGAUCCAAGCUUAUCCUCCGGCCUCUUUUCCACCACCACCACCACCGCCGCCGCUACCAACAUAUUCCGGGAGUUACCAUCCCCCGCCGCCGGCUGUGUAUGGCCAGUUCCCGCCGGCUGUACCACCGCCUCCGUCGCAGUACGCACCGCAGCCUCCUUACGGACAGCCGCAAUAUCCUCCUCCGUAUCCCCCAUCCAACUACUACCCGAACGGCGUUCCCCCUCCCCCGCCUGGGGCUUAUCCUCCGCAACCCUAUUCUCAACCGGGUCCACCGCUUCCCGUGCCGCCGCCUCCUGUACCACCUCCCUAUCCUAGUAGCUACAGUGGGCCACCGCAGCCGGAAUACCAUUACUCACCAGGUCAGAACCCUACGUAUCCUCCUCCUACCGGGUGGGUACCACCGCCAUUUGCUCCUCCCCACUUACCGCCCCCUCCUCCAUCCAAUUCUGGCGCAAACAAGCAUCGUGGCAAGAGACAGAAUCAAGGCCCGAAGCAUUCAAAUGCGCAAAGAGAUAGACACGACAGGCACAACAGAGAUGAAGGGAACGACAGAGUCGACAGGUUUGACCGCCAUGACCGGUAUGAUAGGUCGGACAGGUUUGACAAACGUGAUCGAGAUGACGGUUUUGAAAGGGGCGAACGGCUCGACAGAAUCGAUCGCUUUGAGCGAAAUGAUAGGAACCAAAGGCCUGAGAGGCACGACCGGCCCGCGAGGUUCGAGAGAGCCGAGAGGAACGACAGGAAUGACAGGCGUCGAAAUGUGAAUGAUUCAGAGGACCGAGCCGGACCUGGGCGACAAGAACGCCGAAAGGAGCCACGAACAGUCCAGCCUGAGCGAACUUCCAAGCCCACAAAUUCCAAGACAGCGGUUCCCGAGCCCAAGGAGGAUGUAGGAAACGGUGAAUGGGAUCCAGCAUCUGAAAAGGAUAUGCAGCGCAUUUUUCCUGAACUUGACGUCAAGCCGGCGGAUCCGGUCGGAAUUCCUCUACCUGCGACUUACACGGAUGAUCCCACGAUUCCGCCUGCAUACAAUGCCAAAUGCGUCAAGUCUCUUUAUUUCAACGAUCAAAAUGAAAAGGAGUUUGCCUUCUCGGUCCGGGAGACAUCUUUCUGGUCUGUUCUUAAGCUAGACCCUGUCUUUAAGUUCUACCCGGGGAUGAUCAGGAAGCGCAUCGGCGAGCAUGAGUACACGACUCAUAUAAUAUCUGCGCCUCCUCAUCCAGAAGCCAAGUUGAAGCUUCCACCGAAAUUUACAAUCUCUCGGAACCAACCAAAAGAGACGCCGGAAAUUGAUCGAUAUCGCCCACGACCUGACCAGCACCGUGAUUUCUCGCCCAAACGUUCCGCCCCUCGUGACCAACCACCAUCCGGAUUUGACCGAGCACACCGAUGUUAUCAGCAACACCCAAAGCGGCCUCUGGACGACACUUUUGACGGACGUGAUCGUGAUCCCAGGGAUGCAAAGCGGCUCAGACAGAGUCUGGACACUCCUGACCGGGGUCAUGGCCGUGAUGCCAAUCCACCACCUCCUCGCAGACCCUCUCCAAAUCCCAGGUAUAAUUUCAGUGCCGAUCCCUGGUCGCCACAGGCUGGUGAGACGAAGGUCCCAUCAAUCGACCAUCGCUAUAAUAGGGACACAUACUACGACAAUAGGUCUUCGUCGUCCAGAGACGACAGAGACAAGGAGAGAGGGAGAGAGCGACCAUCCCAGUAUGCGGACAUGCGCCACGACAGCGGCUACCACAGCAGUCGUAGCCGCUCGCAGGAGCGCAAACCCCGGAGAUCCUUCUAUCGCGAUGAUUACAGGGAUCGGGACAGGGACAGAGACAACCGACCGCUUUCGGGGCCAUACCAGCAGAGGAAAAGGACGCGGUCUCGCAGCCGCAGCCGUAGUCCGGCUUCGUCUUACCUCUCUCCAGCAAGAAGCAUUGCAAAGCGCAGUCGCUCCGCUAGCCGUGGUCGUAGCUUGACUCGUAGUAGGAGCCGUAGUCGCAGCAGAAGCGAACGCAGCGAAUCCCCCCUCACGGCGCUGGAUAAGGAGCUGCUGGGUUUGACCGACGAGCCUAAUGAGCCCGUGAAGUCAAAGGUGGUUCCCAAGAAGGUGGCGCCGAGGGUCAAGGUUGCUGCGGCUUUUGGUCGCCGUUGGUGA